CCUAAGAGCCAAAUCCGCUACCGAACCACGCAUGCGCACUGGACUUAACGUCAAGCAAUCAAUAUUCAGGGUAGUGCUACGUCGCCAGCAGACAUCAACAAACCGCUUAAAAUGUUGCCGAUUUUAUUAUUCUUCCUCUUUUUACGUGGAUUAAAUUGUGAACCUGAAACGGUUCGGGAAAACUUCGACUACUUCAGUUAUGGACCUGAAGAUGAUCUUUUGAAGAGUUUAAAUUUACAUUUGCCUAAGGAAGAAAUAGUGCUGAGACCGCAAGAAGUAAAGGAUUGGCCCCAACAGUCUCUGAACGUGGGUCAGAUUACAGCGGUUUCUAUCAACUCUCUGGGACAGCCGGUCAUAUUCCAUAGAGCUGAAAGAAUAUGGGACGAAAGCACAUUCAACGAGUCCAACGUAUACCAGAACCUGGACAAAGGACCGAUAGUAGAGGACACUAUCCUGGUUUUGGACCCGCAUACCGGCUCCGUCCUCCAUAGUUGGGGAGCCAAUGCGUUUUACAUGCCUCAUGGCCUAACAGUCGACCAUCACGACAACGUCUGGGUCACGGAUGUGGCUAAACAUCAAGUUUUUAAGUACACCCCGCUGAACCACAAAUACCCGACGCUGACGAUCGGCGAAGCCUUCACAGCGGGCUACCCCUACCGUCGCAGGGUCCUCCUCUGCAUGCCCACGUCAGUCGCCGUCGCCACGACCGGAGAAAUCUUCGUCGCUGACGGCUAUUGCAACAACCAGAUCCUCAAGUUCAACGCAGCUGGAAAACUCCUACUUGAAAUCCCGAUGUAUUCCGAUACGCUGACCUUGAAUCUUCCGCACAGUGUUACUCUGUUGGAACAUCUUGAUAUGGUCUGUGUUGCUGAUAGGGAGAACAUGAGAAUCGUCUGCCCGAAAGCUGGUCUCAAGAGUUACAUCAAAAUGUUGGAUCCAGCUACGAUUAUUGAGGAUCCGACUUUAGGCAGAGUUUUCGCUGUCGCGUCUCAUGGAGAUACGAUUUACGCUGUGAAUGGACCGACAGCGCAGAAUAUUGCAGUGAGAGGAUUUACCGUAAAUGCUAUGACUGGGAACAUUCUGGAUACUUGGGAACCUACUGCGGGAUUCACCAACCCCCACUCUCUCGCCGUGACCAGAAACGGAUCCCAUCUUUACGUCACGGAAAUCGGACCCAACAAAAUAUGGAAAUUCGAGCUGACCGACGUAUUCGACAAGUAGGAAAAUUUCGUUCCAAUCACGCAACACACUUCGCCAUAUUUGCUGAAACCAUAAUGCUACAUCUAUAAUAACAUUUUGUAGGUAUGAUCGAAGGAGAUGCUCUUAUGGAAAUUUUAGUAGGAGUAGCAGAGAAAACGCUAUUAUUUUUGCCCUAACCAUAGUAUCACUAUUCCUUUCUAGCUAUACUUUAAAAAAGUUAAGUGACUUUUUUUUGUUGCCCACCAAUGUUUUGGCGGGUAACAUUGAACCCGGCCAAAUUAAGUAGGUCGAUUUUGGUAUGUUGUCAGGAAUGUUCAACGUGUUUUUAAUUUCAAUUUAUUACGUAUGUUUAUCUCAUGACCGCACUAAAUCUGUGGCUGAAAGAGAGUGUAGUCAUAUUUGUGCAAAUAGAGCGAAGUUUGUUGAGAACAUUACAUUAUUUAACGAAAUAAAUAUACCCAGAAUGUUAUGAUGAAAAGUGCGAAUAAGAUUCGCUUAUUAACCUAAGUGAGAUGGCAACAAUGUUACUUUAUUGAGUGUGCUAAGACAGAAAUCUAGGUAAAUAUUUUAAUUUGUUAAGCUAUUCCUUUAUGGAACUAAAUGCUACGAAACUCCAAAAACCUAAGGCUAUUUAGUUCCUAAAACCCCCGUUUAUCAGUAUUAUAAUAUAACUGUUACUAAAUAGAAUAUAAUGCUUGGAUCUUUGACUUCUUGUAGUGUUAUUGUGUUGGAAAUAUCCUGCCAUAUGCCUAGAUACUCUAGAUAGCCACCAUUAAGGCGUCCGCUGGUUAACGGGUAAACGGAGCGAGUGAGCGGGUUAGUGAAAAUGAAAAAUAGCAUGAGAUUAUUAUCUAAGGGUCUACCACGAACCACGUUCGACGCCUUUCUGUCACACUGAAAUGCGACGGAGUGGCAUGUUAAACGUGGUUCGUAGUAGGCCCCCUGACGCGGACGCGUACGGUGGACAUUCCUGAAUAACCUAACCACAAAAUUAAAAUUUUGAAAAAAAUCCCCGUGAUAGUGGACCGAUUUUCAUGAAACAUGGAUAAGAACACUACCAUUUAAUUCAGCUUUAAAAAAAAACUAAAUCGUUACAUACGUUCGGGAUGUACGUCUUUUUUUUACGUCGGGGUUUAAAAAAACACUCCGCAUCCCGCUCCGGACAUGCGCACUAUCCAGCUGACGCUCAUUUACUUACCUAUUUGUAGAAGAUAUAUCGCGUUUGAACUAGGUUCUACGCUAUACGCACAGAGUUCGAUAUAUUUAGAGUAUUUUAUAAAGUCUUCGCAUAGAUUAAGAGUUCCUUGGGAACAUUUUUUUCCACAACUAUACACUCUUUAGCUUCUGUAGUUUCUGUAACUUUUCUAUAGCCUAUUUCUUCUAGAAUUCUUGUUAGGAAUAAGCUUACAGCAAACUAUAUAAGCAGCCAUUUUGAAAAGAAAUACUCAACAAGGUAUAGAGCUAUAAACAGGUGCUAUAAAUUUGUUAUAAAAUUAUUCUCCAGUUUGCAUUAGUCAGACCCUUUAGCACAAGUUGCCUUCUCGCGCGCGAGUCCAUAUAUCAAGCGCGACUUCAAGUAUAGAGUAGACUCGCGCGCGACAAGCAAGUUGAUUUAGAGGGUCAGGUCAAAUUGUAAUUCAAGCAUUCUAGGCCUAUGUUUUAGGCUCAGCUAGUUAUGAUAUAAAUUUUAGUCCCCCAUGAGUAGAGCGGCACUCAAACUCAUAUAAAAAUUGUUUUACGAAGCAGAUUGAUACCUAUGCGACAUUGAGCUGAGUCAUACGACUUCACUUAGAUAACUUGAAGUUGAGUCACACAACACUUCAGUAACUACCCUUUAUUAUACUGUGCUCAAUAUUUGAUUUUAAAAGUCAAUUAAUCUUGUAUUAUCGAACUAAAAUAGAUUGUCAUUCGCCUUUUAUUCCUCGUAUUUAUUUAGGUAACUAGCCUUGACUGCGACUAAAUGUGAUGUCGAUAUACACCGUGUUUUUUUAUUUUCCGUUAAAUUCGACACGUCGUUAGGUUCAUUAUCAGGAACCAUCCUGUAUAUCACUUAUAGUUAAAUUCGCAAAAAACAUUUUUGCAUCGUUUUC